AUGCAUGACGAUCAGUUGGAGAAUUACGAGGACAGCAGUAUAACAACACUGCUGCGGGUGCACAGUCAAAAGUACAGUGCGCAGAAUCAGCCUUCUGCUGGCCUCCGCAGCAAUCGCAACCCAGUCUCCCUCGACACGCGAGACGUGUUGAUCACCGCCCAAACCCUCAUCGACGACGUCAGCAACAUCAACGCCGGCGUGGAGAGCCUUCGCAAACACGUCGCAGCUUUCGACGGCUCGCCAUUGACAGAAGCGCCCCUUCUCCUCGACUUCACAGCCAUCCAUCUCGCCAACCGCAAAGGCUUCGCCGAUGCCAACUUGAGACAAACCAACUUCAACGCCUCCGAGUCCAUGGACAUCACUGUGGCUAAGAAGCCGGAGUUCGAAAAGACUGGUCAGAACCCAACCGUCAUUGGUACAUUCGAGUUGUUGCUUGAUGACCAUGAUACAUUCUCGGCUGCGCUGGUCCAGAAGAUAUCGGCAAAUUUUCUCGGUCUUCGUCCCAUGUUCUCGGUCGCACGAGCGGCCAAGAGCAUCAUGUCCCUGCCGUCGUUCAUGUCUGUCGCGUCGGUCUAG